UCCAUCCUUUUCAAAAAACAGUUUAACUAACUAUUUCCCUCUUGUUUAGUUGUUUAGGUUACUUAUUCCAAGUCUUCUCUGCUGACAUAUACCUACCACAAUGGGAUGGUUGAGAUCGAUCAUCGAUAGAAGUCAUAUAACCCUCUCAACUCAAUCCGACCAAGAAUAACACCCACUCCAACCACCCAGAAAACAUAACUUCUCUUAAAUACCACAUAAGUAUCCCUUAGGAAAAUAAAACCUACAGCCGCAGAAUCGAAAGAGCCUCAAGUAACCAAAAAGAUCGACCAAAUGGUGUCUGCUUCCACAACCGCUAUGGCUGAGAAGAUUUCCUGGUAUUGUGCUUUGUUCUUGGCCCUGAUGCUGGUGUUGAGCUGCUGUCAGUCAAGCGAAAGCGAAUUCAAUUCGAGAAUGCUACAAGUCCAAAGGAGUCGUUUGCACAAGCCGUGUGAUGAAAUUUACGUGGUUCGUGAAGGCGAGACACUACAAACGAUUAGUGAAAAAUGUGGAGAUCCUUAUAUUGUUGAAGAGAAUCCACAUAUUCAUGACCCUGAUGAUGUUUUCCCUGGCUUGGUCAUCAAAAUCACUCCAUACAAACAAAGGAUUCAAUCAAGGAAAUAAUCAAGCUAUAUAUGGAAGUAACGGAAUUGAACCAGACGUAAUCUGAGUUUCUAACCAUCAUGAAGUUGUUACCAUCAAGGGCAUCAAGUUAGCUAGCGUAUGAAUCAAUAAGGAGAAAAUCAUGAUAAUCAAAUCGUUUUCCUUCCUGCUCUUUGGCCUAAAUAAAGUUCUACGAUCUUUUGAUUCGAUCUUUUCCAUCUAUAUUUCAAUCCUCAAUCAACGCCUAAACAUUAAUUAAUGAAAUGAUCUUUCAUUCCAUUUUUCCCGUAUCUUUCCAUUCCUCAGCAAAUUAACACGGUAAAAGAGUGUCUAUAUAUUCUUCGAAAGACGCACCGAAGGAUGUAAAACAUACCAUUUGCCUCCACACAUCUCAAGUUCUACAAUGGCUUCUUCCGUAUCAUCACUCUCAUUUUUCGUUUUUUUCAUGCUUUUCUCCUCCCUGCACAUUGAAGCUAGCGGCAGAUUAUUCUUCAACAA